AUGACUAGCACCAAUCACAUCGAAAGCAACUUGGAAAAAUUUAACGCACAGCUGAAAAAGACGAGUGAAAGAGUGUUCAACAGAGCAGGAUCAGCACCAGCAGACGUUCGACCAUCUACUAAUGGUUCAGGUCAGGAGUCGGAACCCAUCGACACCAGCACUACUGGAACCAACGAUGGAGCCGCCGCAUCUAGAGGCACCGGAACGGGGAGAGGACGUGGGAGAAGCCGUGGGAAGAAGACCUCAACUGUGACGACUUGGGCAGCAGCAGCAGCCAGACAGUUAGCAGAAGCAAACAAAGGGACGACUGAAGCCUCCACCACGGAAGACAAUCAACCUACGGAGCAAACGAGUACAUCGAACCCCGCCACAGAGAAGCAACCUACCCCCGCGGGCGCGACGUUGAUUGUCCCAGAUAAACAGACAUCGGGUUUAAUAUCACGAGAUACUAUCCCUUUAACACCGUCUAAGUCUCCUUCAAGACGCAACACGGUAACUGGCACAGGAGCGAGCCCUCCGAUCGGUUUCCAUUCAUGGUUAGCGGCAAACGGUCUCACAGUCAUGCCAAAGCAAGGUUUACCAAAAACCGGAUCCAACUCGACCCCUCUGCACAGCCAAAUUAAUGCGAUUACCAACACGUCAGUCGCGGGAAACCAGUCGGAUCUCAAUCGAUUGAGCGCCAAUGCUGUAGGCGUUACCGCCAAGAGUAAGUCAGUUGUGUGGAACAACUUGACAAAUGACUCUGAAGAAGAGGAAGUCGAAAUUCAAACCGUGUCAAAGAAAUCAACUAUGCAGACCAUUCCUUCGAAAGAGAAAAACUCAGACGCUCCCAGUACAUCAGAAGGUACAACUGUAGAAUGUGUUCGGUAA